AUGCCCUAUAUCUUUCGAGCUUGGAGCGACCAAUCCUAUGCAAUCAACGCAGAGACUCUCUUUGCACCGGCGGCGGCUCAAAAAUUGUCAAACGCAAAGGACUACAGUCGACCAAAGAACGUCCCAAAUCUAAAACUCCAACUAAAGAGCCACCUGCUCUGGAAAAAGCAUGAAUUUCCCGACAACCUCUUCGUAUUCUUUACGACUUCGCUCCUCUUCGCGUUGCAAGUCGCCCUCUAUCGGAAAGCAAAGGGUGAAACCGGAAUCAACAUCAUUUGCAUAGACGUUGACAGCGCCAGAACGCCGCAGGGAGGAAAGGUUGGGUUUCAGACCCUGACGUCGAUGAUGAAAGAGAGCGCUUUAGAGCUUCAAAAUAGAAGCGAUGGCUCCGUGCGAGAGUAUUCGGACGUCGUUGUCUCCAUGGAAUGCGUCGUUCCAGGCAAGGACUCACGGACAGCCUCGCUCGACGCUCUUGUCGCGAAUGGUCUUUACAAGCUCUACCCGCCACUGCAGGAAACGGUGCAGCGCAAUGAUCCGCGGCUAGCGUUGGCGAUGAUGGAUUUGCGGAAGUAUUGGUUCCAGGCGGAACUGCCACUCACCAAAGAUUUCAUCACGGUAGCUGCGAAGAUAGCGGCCACGUUCCAGCCUAGUAGCGUUCAGACGGGAAAUAUUCCCACUCAUAUUCUCACAUACAUCCUCGCUUUCGCGAAAAGAAGCGUGUUGGACCCAGAGCUCAAAAAUUGGCUUGGGAUGUUCGCUCAGGAAAUAGUGCUCCUCGACAUCGAUGGAGAAGAGGAAGACGAGGACGGCAAUAGCUGCUUGGGGGCAGCGUUCACAUGCGAAGGCCUCCCGGACCUGCAGCACUAUCGCGAACUACACGUGAUUCUGGCUGAUCAGCAUGUGCACGACAAUGCGCUGCAGGUCGAGGCUAGCAUUGACUUGCUCGAGGCGAAGAAGGAGUAUGAGAGGUACAAGGCUUGGAAGCGCCAGGACAAGAUCGAGUACAGAGCAGCCAAUCCAAAACACCAGCGUAAACGCCGGCGGGGAUCUCCAGGAGACGAAGAGCCUGAGCUGGAAACUUCUCGGGCCCUGCAACGAACUCGAUGGGAAUCGGAUCGAAAGAGGCGCUCUCGGAGCGAGCGAGUGUGGCUACCCCGAGAACAGUAUAUUGCGAAGAGGGCACAGAGGCGGGAAAACAGGCGCAGCAGCUACCCGUGA